AGAUUUCCAUCAUUUUUCAAACCCAUCCUUGCACUUUUUGUUCACUUCCUCAUUUACAUCUACUUUUGA